AUGUAUUUCGAUAUUCAUUACAUAAGAAAAUUCCUUAGAUUUACUACAAAUGUUCUUAUAGUUUUAGGAAUAGUAACUAUUGUGGUAGGAGUUAUAUUAACAAUAAUGGUUUCAGUAGAAGACGAAUCUAAGUAUCAAGCAAUUAGAAUAGUUAAUGGAUUAAAAAUUAUAAAUGAUUCUAUUUUUAUCAGUGGAAUAGCUUUACUUUUUUGUGGAUUAAUAGGAUUUUUAACUACAAAGGUUAACAAUGAUAUAACUGUAGGAUUGUUUGCUUGCACCUCUUUUAUAAUAUUCUUUUCAAUUUUACUUUUUACUAUGGGUUUUAUUGGUUUGAUUUUUGUUAAUUCCAUUAAUUAAUCUCAAUCAAAUCCUUGUUUUCACUCUGACUUUUUUAAAGACUCUGAAAGAGUUCAAAAUAAAGCUCAAAGGUACUAUGGAUCAUCAUACUGCAAAACUAAUAUUUAGGAUAUGUCUUAAUUCCUUAAGGAUAGUGAUUUCCGUUAAUUGAAUCUCUAAAAUGACCCAUAAAAUGGAUAUUCAAGUGUAUUUAAUUGUCCUCAUUAUACAGAUAUGCUUUCAGAUCUCAAAAUGGAUGAGUAUGAUACAAUUCCUUCAUAUAUUGGAUCUAUGGAGAUUACAUUUUAAUGUGCUGGAAUUUGCUAGCCUCAUCCUGUUUACGUAUUUAGUGAUAUUAAUAGAGGCUUGCCAGUAUAUUAAAAAGGGUGUUACAAAGCAGUAGUUGAAUUUGUAAAUGUUAUUAGCAUUCCUGGAGUUAUUAUAUUAUGGUCUAUAACAUGCUUACUUUUGAUGGUAGUCAUAAAUAGUAUAUGUCUCUUUUUUCAUCCUAAAAGAUAUGAUGAUCUUUAUAUUUAUUAAAAAAUAAAUUAACAUGAGUAAGAUGAUGACAAAUAGGAUGACAUUUCUGUAAGGGAUGAAAUAACUUUUAAUAAAUAGUAAUCUUAAACGUCAUAAUAAUAAGUAGAUAUAUCAACUCUAGAUUAAAGUUAGCAUAAAGACUAACAAGGAGGAGAUUCAAUAUUUAAAUAAGAUACAAUAUAAAAUAGAAAAGUUAAUGAUAAUUUAUAAUGA